AAAUCCGAAUAAUAGUCAAUUUUGAAAAAACGUAAGGACAAAAAAUGGAGGAGACUUAUGUCGAUGCGGUUGGUGUGGACACGGCAACCACGGAGACGACGGCGAGCUCAAAGAACAAAAGGAAGUUGAAGGUAGUGGUUGCGAUAGAUGAAAGCAAGAAUAGCUUCUAUGCGUUGGAAUGGGCAGUGGAACAUCUCAAAGAUGUUAUGAGCGCCGAACCCGGAACCGGUCAAGAAGGCGGUUUACUUACGUUGGUUCAUGUUAAUCCAUCUGGUGCAACCGCUUCGGCGACAGAUUCAGUUCCUGAAUUAAUGAAGAAAGCAGGAAUACAGAGCACCAACUUGUUCGCACCUGCAUUGGAGUUAUGUCGUGCUAAAAUGGUUGGUGAUCUGAGAACAUGUGUGAAGACGGAAACGAUGAUAUUGGAAGGAAAUCCAAAGGAAAUGAUCUGCCAAGCGGUCGAGCAAAAUCACGUGGAUCUUCUUGUUGUUGGUAGCCGUGGACUUGGCAUGAUCAAAAGGGCCUUUCUAGGGAGUGUGAGUGACUACUGUGUUCAACAUGCGGAGUGCCCAGUUCUCAUCGUGCGACCACCUAGAGAUACCUCGACUGGGUAAAGUAGUAAGCACUAAGGGACACAAAAGCUAGUGAGGACAUCCAAGUCAUGACUACUUUUAUUUUAUUCCGUUUUGUAUGAACAAAAAUAAAAAUGUGUCAUUAAACAAUUUGUUUUCAUUGUAA